AUGCGAUGGCAAGGCCAAUUUGAAAAUGCAUCCGCUGUGCACACGGCCUCCAUCCAAGAUCCAAUGAGAGUAUGGUACAUAUGGUGGCAUACCUUGGCGCUGCAGGUUGAUUAUUGUAUUGCCUUCGGAUGGCGUAUUUGGUUGCAAUUCCUUGUGAUCACCAUGGCUCAGAGGGACCAUUGCAGAGAGCUACUUGUCUUUUGGUGCUUUGGAGUUUACAAGAUCACAGCUAUGAUUGCUAAGUAUUGUUGGAUGAGUUUGGACAAUUGUUUAUAG